CCACUCUUCGAUGGAAUGAGAUAUCAACAACAAAAAAACCGUUAUUGUUAUGUAAAGUUUUAUUUCUUCGGAAUAUUUAUAACACCUUGUAUAUUCGACGUCGCAGCUUACAUAAACAUACGUAUCCAAUAAGUAUGAAAUAAGCCGGCAAAUAAAUAAAAAUCUAAUCUUAUAAUUAUUUAGUAAAACAUCGAUGACGAUAUUGUGUAAAUUAUAAAUUAUGUUGUUUCCGAUCAUUCAAUUUUUAACUUUAUAUCGAAGAAAAUUGUUGAAGAUGUGAUUUAAGUGUGUGUGGAUUCGUUAUUAAUAUUUUCUUGGUAGAUCUAAGGAUUAACAAGUGAUACAUUUUAUUUUGACGCUUCUAAAAAUGGACAGAAAACAUUACAAAUAUGAUAAAAUACAUGAAAAAGAAAUACCGAAAAUAAUUUUGGCAGCACCGUCUACCGAGAAUCUUGAUCAUUUAAAUGAUAAUAAUCAGAUUGAAGAUAUCACCCCGAAACCUAUGAGAAGGAGGAAUAGUAUAUCCAUGCCAAAUCUGGACGAUCUAAAAGUAUUUAUUGAAAACGAAACGGAUGAUGAAUCGAAAAAGAAUUUAGUGGAUGUCAACACUAUUGAAGAAGAAGAUGACGAAUUUCAACAUAUCUCUAAUAAUUUACAAAGAGUUAGAAGAAAAUCCGUACUUAGUUCUACGAUGUUAAAACCACCAAUAGAAGAAGAUUUAUCGCCCAAUUCCCCCACAAACUCUAUUACUUCCGUAAAUUCCAUAGCUAGUUUACUUAAAGAAAAAUUUCAGAAUAUCCCACAAACUAUAAGAAGAAAAAAAUCGCCGGAAUACAAAACCAAGGUUUUCGUAGGUUUGCUGUUCACUACUAUCGUGGUUCUCAUCAGCACGGCGUAUAUUCUUUAUCAUCAGAAAGUUUUGGCGAAAGUUUAUUUCGGAAAUAUGAAAUUUAAUAAAGAUACAAGAACCCUUAAAAUUUUUAACGAAGAAGGUGAAGAUAUCGUUAAAUUAACUUUAGGAACUACCAUAGAUUACGAUAUAGUUUUAAAUUGUCUUCCAAAAGAUUCCAGAGAAGAUGGAAGCUUGUGUUUGGAAUGGAUGAAUAGGGCACGAUUAUACAUGAGUUUUUACAAUUUGGGAUCAGAUGUAAAAUGUUACAACUUGCAGUGGGUUUCAUUGUCAGACAACCUAGCGCCUACGGAUUGUUUCGACAUGUCAAAUGCUCAUUGGUACGGCGGCGGGCAAACAGCAGAAAGCGCUUGGCCUUUAGAAAAAGGCAGUCACUUCUAUCAACCCUUCAUCACUGGUAACAUAGAAACCCACGAAUGGGGUAACGUUCUUAAAAGAUACUUCAUAAACUCAAAAGGUGUGGCGAUUAUUAUAGAUAACGAAACCCCUCUUUACAUUUCCAUCAAAGAUUCUCCUAAGGAGUUUUGCCUCAGGGCUCAAUAUGAUAACUUUGCUUUUGUUAAUAAAUUCACUAGCACUGCUCAACUCAAUUACAGUAUGUGUACUAGCACUAAUAUGUCGCAAUUACACGUUUUUUUGAGCGAACAUACACUUUGGGACGGUUUGAAGAAAGAAGAUAGUAACAUUAUUGAUUAUUUUUUGACCGAACCUGUUUGGGAAAUGCCAGAAAUGAAGGAAGUAUUAACAGAAGUUUUAAUUGACAGCGUCACGACCGAAAUCGCGAAUUUCGUGGGUACAUUGAAACAAGGACACAUCCUAUUCAACGAAUUCUGGCAGAACCAAAUCGGCGAUUUCGAAUUAGACGAAAAACGAUUUACGAAUUUUAGUAAUUUCAUGACUAAGCAAAGCCGUCGCGGUUUCCGAGUAGUUUUCACCAUACAACCGUUCAUAUCGACGGAAAGUUUCAAUUUCGCCAAAGCCGUCGAAGAAAAUCUACUAAUAUCUGAACGAUUCAGCGAUAGAAGAAUACCGGCACUGACUAGAUACAAGAACGUACAAAGCGCCGGCGUUUUGGAUAUAACCAACCCCCGAACAGUCAAUUGGCUACUAGAUAAACUCAACAACAUAAUACAAACUCAUAAAAUCGAUUCGUUCUAUUUGGACAUGGGUACGGCUUACAAUAUGCCCCUGUAUUACAGUUGCCAAAAGGGUUUAUUGAACCCCGACGAAUACAAAACAAUAUUCACCAAUAGUUUGCAAGGGAAAGUUAGUUUGUUCGGCGUAAGCAGCGCCAUUGAACGCCCGAGGUCUCCGAGCUUCGUGGUACUACCGGAAUUCGAAUUUUCCUGGACGGGUCUUCGAAACGUCGUACCGACUAUACUGACUUACGGUAUACUCGGAUUUCCCUUUCUGAUACCGGGCGCCGUUGGGGGCGAUUACGCGACUACCCAAGACGUCGUUAUCGUAAACGGUACCGAGCAUAUCGUUCUCGAAGAUCCCGAAUUGUAUAUAAGAUGGUUACAAUUGGCUACGUUUUUGCCUGUCGUCAGAUACAAACAUCUACCGAGCAGUUAUUCCCAGAAGAAUAUUUCUUCUUUGGCGAAAGAUUUGGCGAAGAAACGGUACGAUUACAUAACGCCUAAAUUGAAAAAAUUCGCCAGGGUGUCUUUGAAUUUGGGAUUGCCUAUCAUUAGGCCGUUGUGGAUGUUGGAUUCAGAUGAUCCUAAUUGUCAUUUGGCGGCCGAUGAGUUUUCCAUAGGGGAUGAAAUUAUCGUAGCCCCUAUUUUGUAUAGCGGAGCUAGGGAAAGGGAAAUCUAUUUACCUGCCGGAGUUUGGAAAGACGGAAUCGACGGAAGUUUACGUAAAGGAAAUCGAUGGAUUCACGAUUAUAGAGUAGAAGACAACGUCGCCUAUUUCGAACGUAUGCCCGACGAUACACGGUUUUAGUUAUUAACGCGAAUUAGACAAAAAAAAAUUUGAAAAAAUCUUAAAAUAUGUGUUCAGGGGUACGAGAGACAAUUUUACGUUAUUUAAUGAUAAUUUAUUGUAAAUAUAUUUAAUUGAUAAUACAA